UGAUUACUUACCUACCGAUACAGAAAUUGAUGAGAUAAUCGAGUCUUGCAUUCCUGAAAAUACUCGUAAGGCUAUGAAAAAAUGGGUAAAAGCCUUGAAUCGGUGGCGAAAUAAUGUUGGAUAUUGUUAUGAUAGGAGCGAUUAUAUUUCUUCAUCAUUAGUUAAUGCAUAUAAUUGUUUAAGUAAUUAUAUUUACAAACAUCCGGGUGGUAGUGAGAAAUUCAUAAUUAACAAUAAAAAUGAAUUUCCUUUAUUGUGGGAAGUUCUUAAUGGUAAAAUGAAGGUUCUGAAGCAAUUCGGAAAGACUACCAAACAUCAUGAUCCAUUGUCACCCGAUGAAUUAAGGACAAUAUUUAAUUAUGAGGCUCUGUUGAUUAAUAUGGCUAAAGGUCUUCAAAAUCAGGUUUUUAUGUGGUGUUGUCUUCUUUUCGCUCCACGUGGUGGUGAACAUAGUCAAAUGAAAAUUACACAAUUCACUUUUCUUGACAAUGGAGGAAUUUGGUUUACAAAAUUUUCUCAAAAAAAUGAUCCUGGUGGUAUCGAAGGAAAUUUGGAUUCGCUUAUUAUACCAGUACCAGCAGAUCCAGAAGGAUAUUUGGGUAAUUUUAUGAAAAAUAUUUGUUCUCAAGUUGGGAUAAACCUCAAAGACCGUAAUAUCAUUAAUCAUUCGGGAAGAACCACACCAAUUACACACUUAUUUCGUGAAGGCAUCCUGAUUGUUACUUCAAUGUCAAUAACCGGUCACAAAAGCAAAUCAUCCUAUUGUAUAUAUUCACAACCAAGUGAGCAGCAGAAAAAGGAUGCAUUGUCUACAUUAAUUGACGUUGUUGAUCUUCCGGAAUCUCAAAAUAAGGAAGAUAAUGAUGUCAGGCCCGAUAACUAUCCGGAUUCCCAUAUGCAACAAAAAAGCACAGUAUAUUCUGAAUUUCGUAGCCCUUUAAAAAAUAGUACAAAGCUGAAUUUGCCUCUUCACGUCAAUGCGACCAAAAAAAAUCCAACUCUUGGUGGAAAAAGGCUGUUGCAGUCAUCACAAUCUGGUUUGCAAAAUGCAUCUAAUAAUGGGCAAGAUACUACGAUCAUUAAUAAUUAUUAUUUGAAUGGCGAUCAUAUUACAAUUAAUCAAUAUUGA